AUGGUCCACUUGUCACACGAGCACCACCACACCUUGCGCGUGCACCUGCACAAACUCACAAACGUUCCUCCACUGGUGGCGACAACGGACGGAAAUGACACGCACAAGUGGGGUGGGGGCAAGCGCGAUCCGUACGUUGUCUUUACACUCUAUGUCAACGACGACAAUGAAGAAAACAUUGAACACACGAGCGCGGCGGUGCCACGAACACUCAACCCGACAUGGUCGCCUCCAGCAGUGUUUGACUUUAGUGUGACGCAAGCCAAAGCCUUGCGCCUGUACGUGACGAUUCAUGAUUACCUCAACGGCGACUCUGUCCUUGCAUCGACGCUAAUUGACGUGGACGCAGUCGAGUCAUGUUGCGAGACACCGUAUCGCCUGUCCCCACAAAUUCCACAGCGCCAAGCCAAGUGCCACAUUUGGCUUUCCUUCGAAUCCAUUUGCCCAUCGACAAACCAAACACCAGACGAGCGCAGUCGAUGGGAGUACCAGCAACGACUUGACACCGACGGCGAGUGGGAAGUCGUGGAUGAGGCUGGCGAUCACGCAGUUCAUGCAGGAUGGCGAGUUGACCAAGACUACGGCGAUGGCGACGGAUGGGCGUACGCCGUGUCCAUGGAGGGACCAUGGAAUCUCCACUCUGCAACCUUUCGGCGGCGUCGUUGGGUUUGCGAGGAAGAAGCGAAUAACGCAGACACCUAAUUCAGCACGAAGUGCCAAUUAACCGGAAAAUAUCCG